GUUCAAAGGAAAGGUAUCGCUAUUGUGGACGUUGCUAUUACCUUGGUUCAAUUUUAAUGACAUAUAACACAUAAUUACGAACUGAAGCAGCAUGAAGUUUCAAGUGUUGUGUGGGGCAUUGACGGGGCUGUGCCUCGUGCUGGGGGGGCUCGCCCAGGGCCCCACGAUCGGGCCUUGCAGCGCCCCCAACACGACUGAGAACUUCAACGACGCCUACAUUAGUAAGCUCCUUGACGAAGAUUACCAGAUUGUGCUGUCGGAUGGUCAACUGUUAACCGAGAAGAAGUUGAGGUUUAUACGUGACGGUACAUACAUCUACAAAUACAUUGAUGGGGCGGGGCGGUCUGCUCAGCACACAGGAGAGUACCGCGCGCAGACUCACGCUGCCUCUGCCCCAGCCACCAUAACGCUGCACUCCCUCCCCAGUGGAUGUAAAUCUCGUCUCAUAUUCAACAAGUUCUAGCAAUUUUUCAAUUAGAAUAUAAAGCUAGCAAGUCGCAUAUUCAAUAUGCAACUUUCUAGCAAGUUGCAUAUUCAACAAGUUCUAGCAAGUAACAAUUUUUGGUCAUGCUGAGAGAGGAUGUUUGAAGUCAAAGAGGUGAGGAGGGCAUGGUAGGCGUCCCAAUGGCUGUUCAACAUUGCGUUCAAUGGAGUUAAAUGAAGCAUUUUGUCCUAAUUUGACAUGAG